AAAGUGUGUAAUUUUUAGUAUUUUAAGGUACUGAGCAUACAGUAUAUACUAUUACCUGUAAAAUAAUAUAUUCGUUGUAUAUUGCUUGUAUGUUCAGAAGACACUCGUAAUUAAUAUGUAAUGUACUUAAAUCACAAAUAAAGUGUACUUAUAACACAAAUUAAGUACACUUUAAUAUCACUAAUCAAGCAUGUAAUUAGUCCCUACACAGGCAUAUACUUAAAGUGUACUAAGUAUACUUGAAGUUGUUCCAAUUUAGCACACAUAAGUAUACUAAAUAUACUUAAAGUUGUGUUUUUAUACAACUUAAUUACAACUAAAAUAUAUUUAGUACAAAAUUAGUUGUUUCAAAAUAGCACACUUUAAGUUAACUAAUCAUUAACACACUUGAAAUAUAGGCCACUAAUAAUUAGUGUUGCGUCAAGUAUACUUAGCAUACUUUUUUUUCACUAGGGUACAGCUGUGGUUUUGGGCAAAUCUUAAUGAACUGGUUUGGGUGUGUUUGGUAAUACCUAAAUGACAGGAGGGAUGGUGUCAUAGAUAUCUGUAUACUGAAUUGUGAUUGGUCUGUGUUAUACAUCUCUUUUCAAGCACUGGUAUAUCCUGCAGGUGUUACAAACACCAAUAAUUGCAAUAAUUACAAUAAUUACAAAAUUUUUUAUAGUAAAACUUGUAUCUAUCUAAUCAUCUGUAUCCAAUCCUGUUCCUCUAGUUUAACUCCAGACCUAAUUAAACACACCUGAACUAGUGAAUCAAGGUCUUACUAGGCUAGAACCUCAGGUGUGUUGAGGCAAACGGGAGCUAAACUGCAGGGCAGUGGCCCUCCGGGAAUGAGUUUGGACACCCCUGAAUCUAGUGUAAUCCUCAGACGCUGGCUUUAUAUGCGACGCCAAACUACAUUUUAUUCAGAUCCAAAAAUGUCAAGGAUAAAUAGCUCAUCGCUGUCUCGUCUGGGUCUAAUAGUGACGUUGGCGGGUGUCGUCUUUCUGAUAGUCAUGUUUUCUUCUUUCUCACCUUCAAAGAAAUGUCCACCUCCACUUCCUAGACCCGCACAAAACAACUGUGUCAAAAGCAAAAGCUCUGUUACUGAUGCAGUAGAAGACAAACCUGUACUUCUGCUGUGGACCUGGCCUGAAAAUUACAGGUUUGACCUGAGUGACUGCAAAAAGUUGUACAAUAUUGAUAAUUGUCAGUUGACGGAUGAUAGAUCUCUCUACAGCAAUGCAGACGCUGUUAUGGUUUAUCACAGGGGCAUCAGUUGGGACCUGUCCAACCUUCCUCCAUCUCCUCGUCCUCCGUUCCAGAGGUGGAUUUGGUUACAUUUGGAAUCGCCAACUAACACAAAAAAAAUACCAGGUCUGGAAAACCUGUUCAAUCUCACUCUCAGCUACAGACAGGAUGCAGACAUUCCUGUACGGAUGCACUUGACUCCCAGGAAGAAACCUGAGGAGUUUGUAAUUCCCAAAAAAGACAAACUGGUGUGUUGGAUUGUGAGUAACAACGAUCCUUCAACAGGUGUCAGCGCAAGGAACGUUUUUUACAGAGAAUUCAGCAAAUACACUGAAGUGCAUAUGUACGGGAGGGCGUAUUCAUCAUUUCUGAAUUAUAACGACUACUAUCCUACUUUGGCGAGCUGCAAGUUUUACCUUGCCUUUGAGAACUCCAUCCACAAGGACUACAUCACGGAGAAGAUCAAUGGGCCGCUUGCUGCAGGUACCGUCCCUGUGGUUUUGGGUCCUCCCAGAAAAAACUAUGAAAACUUUGUUCCUGGCAACGCAUUUAUUCAUGUGAAUGACUUCCCAGAUGCAAAGUCACUAGCAGAAUAUCUGCUUCGGCUGGACAAAGAUGACGAAGCAUAUGGCAAGUUCUUUACCUGGAGGAAACAUCUCACUCCAACUCCUCAUUUAAUACUACAGAACCAAGAGUUUGUUCUGGCUAUCUGCACUGCCUGUGACUAUAUAGCAAGACACAGAGAAUAUAAAGAAGCUCACGAUAUUUAUGAAUGGUAUUUCAACUAAAGAGAAGUUAUGAAAUAGAAUUUUUUCUAUUAAUUAUUUUUGAUACUGGACUUUCAAUAUUUAAGUAUUUUGAUGAUCAAUCAGUACUGAUGGAUGGUUGUAGCUCUUUUCAGAUGAUUUCAUUUUAUAUACUCUCAAUUAAAUAAUAUAAAGAAAAAAAAGAGCUUCUUUUGGGUGUAGGGGACAAAAAAAACUCUUCUUUUGGAACGCUCUUCUGCAUCUUAACGAGACAAUCAAGGAGGAGUUGACAGAGAUUGUAUAUAAUGGGGAGAUAAGAGGAUCUGGAUCUCUAACCAUUGGAGAAAGCGUAACGGCUAACUUAAUCACGUGUGGAACCUCUCAGCCUAUCAUGUAAUAGCAGUGACGUCAGUCGCAACCAUAGACUGUAAAAAAAUAUGGACGUAGCGUCCGUGACGUCACCCAUAGAGUUCUGAACAGCAGUUUUGAAGCGAAAAUGAGGCCGCGGCCAUCUUAGCUGCGCGUCACAGCACGUCA